GGUCAAAUUAUACUUUUAGCCUUUAAAUUAACACCAACAUGGCAGAAGAUCAAAAAUAUGCCGUCGGCGAUUUGGUCCUUUUGAAGCUCCGCCCUUAUCGCCAACACUCCGUUGCCAGGCCUCUUUCAUCCAAACUCUCCCGCCGAUAUUACGGCCCAUUUCCCAUUUUAGAGCGGGGCCCUUCACUGCCGCCAGUUGCACUGCCUGCUGACUUCUUUAAAGGCCGCCCAGUGUCCGUUCCCCUCCAAGCUGUUGCCGCCCGUACCAUUCUAGUGGAUGGCCAUCCCCAGGACCAAUGGCUCAUUCGUUGGUCCGAUGGUGGUCCUGAAGAUAGCACGUGGGAACCGGUCGCGGACAUUCGCCGCCAUUACCCGGAUCUCGCCCUUGAGGACAAGGCCGUUGUCAACCCCGGGGGAGUUGAUACGGUAGAAGUGGGCGUGCCCCUGGUGCAUGCCAACCCGAGUGUAGCCGCUGCCCCGCAUGCACGCCCGAAGCGGACCAUUCAGCCCCCGAAGCGUGAAAUCUCAGAUGAGAGUGGAUCGAGUAGUUCCCCUUCGAUCGAUCACAUUGAAGAUGAUGAAGAGACGCCCGCGGAAGAGCAGCUGGACCGUUCCAUGAGGAACGGUCAACCGGAGGAAGGUGGCGAAGCAGACAUGCUACAGACGGUCGACCUAAUGGACCGUUCUGAUGUCCAUGGUCGACCGUCCGAGAGGCAUAAAGACGGGCUCCAGGGAGAUGCUCAAACGGUCAACCUGGUGGACCGUCCUGAUGUCCAUGGUUUACCGUCCGAGAGGCAGAAGGACGGGCUCCGGGGAGAUGAUCAAAUGGUCGACUGUGAUGCGGAUGGCGGUCGACCGUCUUCGAGAGUAGAACCUCAAGAUCAAAACCUAACCUCUAGCCCAACGUCCCGCGCCGCUUCCAGCUACAGCGACGGAAACCCUAUUAUUGCUCCGGUUACCUUUCUCCCGAUGGCCGACUCUUCCGCCACGGCAGGGCAAUGCGCCGAUAAAAUCAGUGAAGCGGCGGUGAGGAAAUCCGUGAACGCCCUCAUCAAAUGGAAGAAACUCCGGUCCAAAACCACCGCAAAAGAGGCGGACGAGGAUCGAGACGAAGACGAUUUUAUCUACGCCGUCGUGACGCUGCACAAACCCCCGCCCAAACACCGCUCGCCCGCUUCAAAUCCGAUCAAAAUCCCCCUCCCCCAUCCGCUCCGGAGCUUUUCCGACAUCUGCCUCUUCGUGGAUGACAAGCCCACCCUGGUUCACAAUUCCCGGACCACCCUCUCGUCCGAGGCGAUGCAGAAGAAGAUCAAAGCCCUAGGCGUCCCAAUAACCCGAGUUCUCAAGCUCUCCAAAAUCAAAUCCAAGUUCAAAUCUUUCGAGGCCAAACGGGUCUUAUCUGAAUCGCACGACCUGUUUCUGGCUGAUAAGAGGGUGGUUCGCUUUCUUCCUGGCAUACUUGGGAAGCAAUUUUACAAGAACAGGAAGAGAGUCCCAGUGCCGGUGGAAUUAGAGGGAGACAGGAACUGGAAGGAGGAGAUUGAUGGGGCUUGUUGCUCCACUCUCUUGUGUUUUGGGACAGGGACUUGCAGUGCAGUCAAGGUUGGGAGAGUAACAAUGGAGAGUGGUGAAAUAGUGGACAAUGUUAUUGCUUCCAUAGACAGAAUAGCUUCUGUGGUUCCUAAGAAAUGGGCUGGAAUCAGGGCUCUUCACUUGAAGCUAUUGGACUCCGUGGCUCUACCCAUUUAUGAUCCGAUAUCCGACUCAAAUGCAUAGCCAUAGCUUGUCCGGUGAUGAUUCUUGCUGCAUUUUUUGCAAGUAAGUUGCAUUUGGAUGUUGUUUGUUGUCUCAUUAUCAUGGAAAUAGAUCAUUUUUGGUGUCGGUUAUACUGCAUAUGGUAGUUCAGCACUUCAACUGAUGUCUUUUUGUGCUUAUUAUAGUCUGGGUUUUGGAAUGAAAAAAUGAAAUGAAGUGAGUUGAGUUUA